ACUUAAACGUCAUUACGUCAGUGGCUUGGCUGAGCGUCACAAUCGAUCAAACAUGGCGGCGCACAGGCUCUCUCCAUCAGUGAACAGGCUGUUGUUUGUUGCAAAGAAUGUCUCUUUCCAAUCCAGAUGCAGCGCCCUGUGCAGCAAUGUCAAAUAUACUACUGUCAGUAAUUCUAAUGAAAAGACCUUUGAUAAGAUCCUCAUCGCCAACAGAGGAGAAAUUGCUUGCAGGGUGAUCAAGACUUGUAAGAAGAUGGGCAUCCAGACGGUAGCUGUUCACAGUGAUGUAGACUCCAGCGCUGUCCAUGUAAAAAUGGCUGAUGAGGCACUAUGUGUCGGCCCGGCCCCGACAAACAAGAGCUACCUGAACAUGGAUGCCAUCAUGGAAGCCAUUAGAGUUACUGGAGCACAAGCCGUUCAUCCUGGUUAUGGGUUUCUCUCUGAAAACAAAGAGUUUGCAAAGCGACUGGCAGCUGAAGAUGUGACGUUCAUUGGCCCAGACACUCAUGCUAUCCAGGCAAUGGGGGAUAAAAUUGAGAGCAAGCUAAUCGCUAAGGCUGCUAAGGUCAACACAAUCCCAGGAUUUGACGGAGUUGUGAAGACGGCUGAGGAUGCUGUAAAGAUUGCACAGGAAAUUGGCUAUCCUGUGAUGAUUAAAGCAUCUGCUGGAGGAGGUGGGAAAGGAAUGAGGAUUGCAUGGAAUGAUGAGGAGACGAGGGAAGGUUUCCGAUUUUCUUCCCUUGAGGCAGCUUCCAGCUUCGGAGAUGACAGGCUGCUUAUUGAGAAGUACAUAGACAACCCCAGGCAUAUAGAAAUACAGGUGCUGGCUGAUAAACACGGCAAUGCUCUGUGGUUAAAUGAGAGGGAGUGCUCCAUCCAGAGAAGGAACCAGAAGGUGGUUGAAGAAGCUCCAAGUACUUUUCUCGACCCAGAGACACGGCGGGCCAUGGGGGAGCAGGCGGUGCAGUUGGCCAAGGCUGUUCAGUACUCCUCUGCUGGCACUGUGGAGUUCCUGGUUGAUUCUCGGAAGAAUUUUUACUUUCUCGAGAUGAACACAAGGCUUCAGGUGGAACAUCCCAUUACAGAGUGCAUUACAGGCUUGGACCUGGUGGAGCAGAUGAUCCGGGUAGCCAAGGGUUACAGACUUCAACAUAAACAGGAGGAUAUCCCAAUAAAUGGCUGGGCCAUAGAAAGUCGUGUCUAUGCUGAGGAUCCUUACAAAUCUUUUGGUCUACCCUCCAUCGGACGGCUGUCUCAAUACCAAGAGCCAACUGACCUCAACAAUGUACGUGUAGAUAGCGGGAUCCAGGAGGGAAGUGACAUCAGUAUCUACUAUGAUCCCAUGAUCUCUAAGUUGGUUACCUAUGGAGCUACAAGAGCUGAGGCUCUUGCCAAGAUGGAGGAAGCCCUGGAUAGCUAUGUUAUUAGAGGUGUGACCCACAACAUCCCCCUCCUCAGAGAAAUCAUCACACACCCUCGCUUCAUCUCUGGUGAUAUCAGCACCAACUUCCUGCCAGAGGUUUACCCCGAUGGCUUCAAAGGUUACCAGCUCCAGAGGGAAAAAUGCAGGGAGCUCUUGGCUUCAGCAGCAGCGAUCCACGUCACUGCACAGCUCCGUUCACAGAGGGUCUUGGGCAACCUAAGGGUGUCCUCCACCCCUGUGGAAUGUACCAAGUGGGAAUUGUGCAUAGAGCUGGGGGACAGAUGCUAUUCAGUGGAGGUUACAAAGUCAGGAAAUUCUUUUAAUGUGGAGGUUGAUGGAGGAAGAGUAGAAGUCAAAGGAGACUGGAACCUGGCGUCCCCAUUGCUGCCACUCACCAUAAAUGGUGCCCAAAGAAUGCUUCAGUGUUUGUCCAGAGAUGCUUCAGGAAACAUUGUCCUACAGUUCCUCGGAACAUCGUUCAAGGUUCGUGUUCUAUCCAAGUUGGCAGCAGAGUUGAACUCCUUCAUGCCGGAGAAAAUCCCAGAAGAUACCAGCAGCAUUUUGCGUUCACCAAUGCCAGGCACAGUGGUAGCUGUGUCUGUCAAACCUGGGGAUACGGUUGCAGAGGGUCAGGAGAUCUGUGUGAUUGAAGCCAUGAAGAUGCAGAACAGUUUGACUGCUGUCAGGCAAGCAAAGGUCAAGAGUGUCCACUGUAGGCAGGGGGAGACGGUGGGGGAGGGAGACCUUCUGGUGGAGCUGGAGUAAGACAACCUGUGGCCUUCGAUGUGUGACGGGAUGAGCUGAAGGAGAAGACCCAAGAGGAUGAUGUUUUCCUUUUCCUUUUAGUCAGCGGUCAGACUCCACACAGACCCCCAGCAGAGUUGAGUCUCCCUGAUGGUGACUCAGAGCUCAGCUGUAUCAGCUGUUUUAUGUGUCUUCUCUAUAGAUUUCUGUAUAUUGCUUGGUUUGAAGCCAAUAUCUCAGACUCUUUCUGUGGUGCUUUAUUUUGUUGAUUUUAGUUCAGCUAACACACAUUUUGAAAAAUGUAUUAAACCAUGAUGGGUUUGGGCUUUGUGGGUAGUUUUAUGAUGUAAACAUAGGAAAUAUCCUCCAGUGCAAUGCAAUUACACACAUCCUUUUUUCUUCAUUUUACUGUGACUAACGGUUUUUUUUUUUCUGAACAGCCUUCAGUAGCCUUCUUGAUAUGUAAAUAAAAAUAAAAG